UUAUACAAAGCACGUUAGCCACUCAGGUGUACGACAUUCGUAGGCUCCCAUGGCUGCCCAAAGGUCAACGCUUCUGUUCCUUUACCUCAUUGGCUGGCACUUAAAUCCGAUCAAAGCUCACGGAGGCGAUGACCAUGGCAUCGACGGAGAGACGGCAAACUUGCGUUCAAGGGGUCUGGUCUUAGUGAAAGUAUGGUGUUUGAUCAUUUUACUAUCGAGCACCUUCGCCAGUGGCAUGUCGCCGUACUUUUUCCGGUGGAACGAGACAUUUCUUCUUCUGGGAACUCAAUUCGCUGGUGGGGUUUUCUUGGGAACCUCUAUGAUACAUUUCUUGAGCGAUGCCAAUGAGACCUUUGGCGAUCUCACCACCAAAACAUACCCUUUCGCUUUCAUGCUGGCUUGUGCGGGCUAUCUCCUGACCAUGCUUGGCGAUUGUGUAGUGAUUUAUGUGACUGGUAAUCAGGAUAGGGAAGCCAAAGUGUUGGAACUGGAAGGGGGAAGUACCCCACAAGAACAAGCCCAAGAAGUUGCAUUGGCGGAUAACCCCAUUUUUUUCAAGACUUCUAAUGUGGGAGACACCAUUCUUCUCAUCCUUGCCUUGUGUUUUCAUUCGGUUUUUGAGGGUAUUGCAGUCGGAGUUUCAGGGAGCAAGGGGGAAGCAUGGAGGAACUUAUGGACCAUAUCGUUGCACAAGAUAUUUGCAGCGAUAGGGAUGGGAAUCGCUCUGCUGAGGAUGCUGCCAAAGAGACCGCUUCUGACAACUGUGGCGUAUUCCUUUGCAUUCGCAGUCUCAAGCCCUAUUGGUGUGGGAAUAGGAAUCGCCAUCGAGGCCACGGCAGAGGGACGCACCGCAGAUUGGGUGUACGCAAUCUCGAUGGGCCUUGCUUGUGGGGUUUUCAUAUAUGUCGCUAUCAAUCACUUGAUAUCCAAAGGCUUCAAACCCAGCAAAAAGAGCAGUUUCGGCACUCCUUGGUUCAAGUUUCUUGCUGUGCUUUCUGGGGUCGCUGUUAUAGCCAUUGUCAUGAUAUGGGACUGAUAAAUGAAUAUAUGUUAUUGGGAUGAUCUGUGGGUCCAUGUUCUGUAUAUGUGAUGCUUCUUUGUUCAUCAGAUGUGUUUAAGCUCAUUUCUUGGGGAUUCUAAAUCGUAAUGUUAUGUAUAAAGAUCAUGUACGUUAACUUAUCUACGUUUGGAAGGAAAAUCGUAACGAUCUCCUCAUUUUUAUUGU